GGCGGCAAUUUGUCUCCUCUACCAAUCUUAAUCCCGCGUCUAUCAAGAUCAGUCAGCCCAAUAGAAAACCUCGAAUUCACCAGCCGACGUCUCUGAUUGGCUGCCACGAUGCAGUAGGCCGGUUCUCGCGGCUCUUUCCUCAAGGGCUCGGGCGAUACAGUAGUACCGAUGUCCAUCAGUUGGUAGGAUUUUCACAUCCAAAAUAAAUGCAAUUUCGGUCGUAAAUAACAAAUAUUUAUUAAACCUUAACGUUUAUCUAAACCGGAAAGUGAACGGCUGUCUAUAUGGCUGGAUAACCUGAUGUUAUUUAACUGUGUUUUUGUCGCCGUGAAGAACCGCAAGCUAACGUGCUAAUUUUCAUCUGUUGAGGAUCAGUGACCAAACUGAGGACGCCCAUCAAUAACAUAUUUACAAGUCAUAUGUUGUACUCAUAUGAGUCAUAUUAAAACACGUACUAGUCAGAGAGACUAGUAACCACCGGUAUCUGAUGUUUAGGUGAUGGUAGAGAGCUGGUUAAAGGAGCUAGGGCGGCUGUCUGUCAUUAAUGUGCAGAUAUUCAUUUCGCCUGGUGUUGUUUUUGUGUAAAGUUCCGGUUAGUUGUUAGUUUAUGAUGGCUCCUCAGAAAUACUCGGCUCAGGUGAUGAACUGUAAAGCCAAUGGUGCUGUAUACCCGUCCUCUGGCGUGAGCUCACUCAAGAAGCCCAAGAUGGAGCAACUGCAGGCCGACCAUGAGCUCUUCCUGCAGGCCUUUGAGAAGCCUACUCAAAUUUACAGAUUCCUUCGAACAAGGAACUUAAUAGCUCCAAUAUUACUUCACAGGACCCUUACCUUUAUGACUCAUAGAAACUCACGAACAAAUGCCAAAAGGAAAGCAUUUAAAGUGGAUGACUUGCUGUCCAGUGUGGAGAGAAUGAAAGGGGAGCCAGAGUCUCAGAGUGUGACUUCACAUCUGCAACUGACAUUCACCGGAUUUUUUCACAAGAAUGAUAAGCCAUGUCAAAACUCAGAAAAUGAUCAAAACUCAGUCUCACUUGAGGUGCUACUUGUCAAAGUCUGUCAUAAAAAGCGCAAGGAUGUCAGCUGCCCUAUAAAGCAAGUGCCUACCGGGAAAAAGCAGGUGCUUUUGAACCCGGAUCUCAGUCAAACCAAGCCUGGUGCCUUCCCUUCCCUGCUGGUGUCCAGCAAUGAGUUUGAGCCCAGUAACAGUCACAUGGUCAAAUCAUAUUCUCUUCUCUUCAGGGUGUCUCGCACAGGGAAAAGAGACCCCAAUGGUUUCAUCAACUGUGAGGCGGAUGAGAAUAUCGAUGUAAAAGAAGAACUCCCAUCCAGAAAGAAGAGAUCCUUAUCCCACAGGGGUGACGGAGAGACCACAGAAACGUUUGUUGCUCAGAUGACUGUUUUCGAUAAAAACCGACGGUUGCAGCUGCUGGAUGGAGAGUAUGAGGUUUCCAUGCAACAGAUUGAAGACUGUCCAGUCAGCAAGAAGCGGGCCACAUGGGAGACCAUCCUGGAUGGAAAGAGGUUGCCCCCAUUUGAGACCUUCUCUCAGGGACCCACUUUGCAGUUCACCCUUCGUUGGACAGGUGACCCCAGUGACCCUUCAACGGCCCCUGUAGCCAAACCUCUCUCCACCCGCAAUUCUGACACCAGCACCACAGAGAGCAGACCCAGCACUCUCCGACCUGCACCUGUUGCGGUGAAGGAUUCAAUGAGCACCAGCAUACAGACCAGAAGAGAGCUGUCCCCCUUUGAACCCAGACAGAAACUACGCAUCUUUUACCAGUUUCUGUACAAUAAUAACACUCGUCAGCAAACAGAGGCCAGAGACGACCUGCACUGUCCCUGGUGCACACUCAACUGCCGUAAACUCUACAGUCUGCUUAAACACCUCAAAAUCUCCCACAAUAGAUUCAUCUUUAACUACGUGCCUCAUCCUAAAGGUGCUCGGAUAGACGUUUCCAUAAAUGAGUGCUAUGAUGGCUCAUAUGUCGGCAAUCCACAAGACAUCCACAGUCAGCCUGGCUUUGCCUUCAGCCGCAACGGGCCUGUUAAAAGGACAGCUGUCACCCACAUACUUGUGUGUCGGCCAAAGCGAACCAAGCCAAGCCUGUCUGAGUUUUUGGAGUCAGAGGACGGUGAGCCCGAGCAGCAGCGGACUUAUGUGAGCGGACAUAAUCGUCUGUAUUUCCACAGUGACAGCUGCAUGCCCCUCCGUCCACAGGAGAUGGAGGUGGACAGCGAGGAUGAAAGGGACCCAGAGUGGCUCAGAGAAAAGACCACCACGCAAAUUGAAGAAUUCACAGAUGUGAAUGAAGGAGAAAAAGAAGUAAUGAAGUUAUGGAAUCUUCACGUCAUGAAGAAUGGAUUCAUUGCUGAUAAUCAGAUGAGUCAAGCAAGCAUGCUGUUUGUGGAGAACUGCGGGCCACACAUAAUUCGCAGGAAUCUGUGUCGGAACUUUCUCCUUCACCUGGUCAACUUGCAUGACUUCAACCUGGUCACCAUAGCAACCAUUGACCGGGCCAUGGCCCGUUUGAAGGAGAUAGAGGAGUCACUUCCUGAACUAGAGGAGGGGCAGGAGUUGUCGGAUGCCACUUGCAAUGGUCACGCAGUGUCCUCGGGUGUUUCACUACAUGGCAAACGCACCAAAAGUGGAGUCUCAGACUGACAACAGCUGGUUUUACAAAAAAAUUAUGAACUGAAUCAAUGACCUAUGUUUUGAACUCAAAUUCUUCAUACUUAUCCCUUGGAAUCAUUUUAUUGUUUUGAGGUCUAGAACUCUCAGCCAGCAGAGUGGCUUAGAACAUGAGUUCUAUUUCUGAUCUGCCCAUAUGCUCAUUUAUAAAUAAGGAGCCCAUUUGAGACUCGAUUGUGAGUUAGCUGCUGGUAUUAAGAACUGACGCAAGUGCUUUUGAAUGAAUUAAUGCAAUUUUUCAAUGUUUUCCAGUGCAGUGUUUCAUAAACCAUUAUCAUUUCAGCAGUCAUGUGUAGAAUAGUCUUUAGUUUUUUUCUGAAAAGAAGUGUUACUGUAGAAUUGGGAGUACUGUUAAUCAAUAUUUUCCGUACACAUUUUGACUUUUUUUAACCACUGUGCGUUCAGUGACUAUUUAGCACAUUGUAGCACUUGUGUUACUACUUAUUCAGUGGCUGUAGAUUCAGAAUUGUUGACAUGGACUCUUAAGUUGUGAUAUUCAGGUUUCUCAAGUGGGAUUUGAAAGCUAAACAGCUUUGCAUUUCCUUUUUUUUAUAACAUACAGAUGCUCUUUUAUCGGUUUUAGAUUGGACCAAUCAAUAUAUACAUUGCAUUCUGUCAACAGCUUCUUGUCUCACAUGUGAGGUGUUAAGAUCCUUCCAUCUUAGAAUGGCUUCUUCUGUGUAUAUUUUUUUUCUUUUUCCCCAGUUCUCUUCUUAAUCAGCAAUAUAAUGCACACCCUGUGAAAAGAGAGCUGCCUGAGUUUGGGCAACAAGAAAUCCUUGUUUCAUAAAUCUUUGUAAACAAACCUCAUUAUGCCAUUUAGAAUGAGGAUCAGGAAUAAUUUGUAGGUCAUGUCAAACCGAUGUUACUACUGGUAAUGUGGUUAUAUAAUAGUUUGUUGCUAUUAUAAUGUUCUGAUGUUGUACAUGCCAAAGUAUAUCAGAUACAGCAU